AUGGCCCAGCCGGUGCUCGUCAACGGCGCAAACGUCUCCCAGGCAGACCAGGCCGCCUACGCCAGAGACAACCUGCAGGCCUGGGACAAUAUUGCUAACGAGUGGGAGACCUUCCACACCCCCGGCGAAGACGAUGGCAGCGAUAUGUUCACCCAGUGUCUGCUGCCUGUCGUGUGGGAGCUCGCAACUGAAACCAAGACUACUGACGGCCUGGCCGCCUGGAAAGAGGGCGAGACCGUCCUUGAUCUGGGCGCAGGGAGCGGUAUAAUUGCGCGCAUGUUCGCGAAAAAGGGUGCCCAUGUGACCGGCCUUGACUUCUCAGAAGCCAUGCUUGAGAAAGGCCGCGAGCGAAGUAAACGAGAGACGCUCAAAGGCAAAAUCGAAUAUGGCAAAAUCGAUCUUAUGAAUUACCAUGACAUGGCCGCCUACAUGGAGAACAAGGAGCGAUUUGACAUCAUAACCAUCAGCACAACACUCAAAUCUCUACCUUCACUAGAUCCGGUCGCCAAGGCUCUGCCACUAAUGCUGAAGCCCGGUGGACGUGUCGUGGUCGUUGACCUUCACCCCGCAUUCUCAAAACCGGCCGGCCAUCGCGGCAUGGAGAUUUACGAGGAUCCCAACACCGGCAAGCAGCAGCUAAGCACCUACAUCAAGAUUCCAAAGUAUCUUAACGUCCCACCGUCAAAGAGUGAGGCUGUACGUGGACAGCCAGAGCCACUAUGGGUGUUCCACCGACCCUUCUGGUCACUAAUGGAGCCUUUCUUCAAGAACGGAUUGGUUCUGGAUGCCAUGCGGGAGCCAGCUUUCGAGGGUGCACCUCAACCCCAGCAGGCACAAAGCUACCACAACUUUCAGCAAACUCCCAUGCUGCUGGCUUUCCGCCUACGGCACAAGGACCAGAUCAAUGGCGCACGGAAUUGA